AUGAGGAUCUUCUCUUCGAAGCUGUUCUCCAAAUGGCAUAGAAACGGCGACGGGUACGGCUUUUUAUGGAAAUCGCCAUUGCAGAGCGUCAGAAGAAGUCACGUUCCAGAGUCUGUAUCGGUCGAGCUAGAUAGUCACAAGUUCUACCGAUGGACAACGGACGAAACUGCCUACUUUCAAGCCAGUUUCCGGAACUGCGGAUCCCAUAAACACUGCUGGGAAUUCACCCUUGAUCGCACGUUCGAUGCGUCGGAGGACUCGGGCCAGUUGAGUCCGUCUAGUCCCCAGUGGUACCUUGCGUUGGAUCCUGCAUCCUACAACCUGAAAGACGACACUGAAUUCAAAGAGAUAACCUGGUGCGAAGAUCAGGCUUGCCGCAAUUAUUAUGGUCUCCGAGAACAUGCUAGCCUUGGAACUACAUGCUUGAAGGACCGAGAACUCGUUCAAUAUAAUAAGAAACCCCAAUCUAGGGGGCCAGCUUGUAAUAUGGUCAGUCGACGUGAAGAUCAAGCAACUGCCCCGAAGACCCAAUUGAAUCUAUCGUACGGCCGAUAA